UUGGACACAUAACAAGAGAAAAGUACAACGGUGACGGAUCGUUUCUUGUAUAUUAUGGUAUUUUUUAACAUGACAAAUUGAAACUAUCUGUUGUACCGGACGUAGCUAACAAGCAGGAAAAAAUCAUCUAUCGCACACUUGAUAAUGGACAAGGCUUUAGUGUUUUAAAGUUGAAACCGUUUAAUUCUUGCAGUUUCUUUAACGAAUAGUCAUGAAAUUUGGUCACAAACGAAAAUAAGACCAAGUCAAUCAAAAUUAAACUAAGAGGAAUUGAAUAUACACAUAGCUGUUUUGACUAACUGAACAGAUUAUUGUCACUCAACGAGGGGCGCAGCGAGGAUUUGGAAAUGUUGAUGUCCGUCCGUUCGACAUAUCGAGUUCCAAAAUCAGUAUUGAUCACUUUUUGUGAUGACGAUCUCCCCGGUGAUUUUGACCCUUGUCUCCAUCCUGAUACACUCAACUUUACAGUCCCAAAAUGAAGAUGAUUAUCAUACCCAUCCAUGUAACAGAGAAUGUUUAGACGAUUCCGAACCAAAAGAAUGUAAAUAUGAUUUUACCAUAGAGUAUUACUACACCCUCACUCAGGCUUGUUAUGAUUGUCCAUAUAAUAUCACUGAUUGUUUACGUCCACAUUGUGUGUCUGCAGAUGGUGUGUCACGUGCAAUUAUGACCGUAAACAGGAAGUUGCCUGGACCAUCCAUACAUGUGUGUAAAGGGGACACAGUAGUAGUAAAUGUGAAGAAUAUGUUAGAAGGAGGCGAAGGUGUGUCACUCCAUUGGCAUGGUGUUCUUCAAGAAGGUACCCCACAUAUGGAUGGCGUCACUAUGAUAACACAAUGCCCUAUUCAUACUCAUACCACAUUUCAAUAUAGAUUUAAAGCAAACGAUCCCGGAACACAUUUCUGGCAUGCCCAUUCCGGACAGCAGAGAACAGACGGUAUGUUUGGAUCUUUUGUCAUCAGACGACCAAGGUCACAUGAUGCAAGCUCAAUGUUCUACGAUGAAGAUCUCCCUGAACACACUAUUAUGUUAAACGAUUGGUUGGAUCAGAUGGGAGCAGAAGCUUUUGCUGCGGGACAUCAUGCUAUGAAAGACCAUUUUCCUAGUUCAAUUCUCAUUAAUGGACGAGGAACAGUCAAAGAAUUUAAUGAAAUCACAGACCACAGUUCUCACGGUUCCCACCAUAAAGAUACAACUUUACCAGAAGAUAUGAUUAUGGACACUUUGACAACUACUCGUACAAUGGAAAUGACGCACGCUGAUCAUAUGUUUGACCACAUGAUGCACAAAAGAAGUUCAGAACAUGCAGAAAUGCAAUCAGUUCAUAAUAUGCAUAAUAUGGAUACUGGCGCUCACAGUAUGUCUGAUCUAGAUGCACGUCAUACGCCGCAUGCACUUUUCAAAGUUAAACAAGGAAAGAGAUAUCGAUUCCGAAUAAUUAGUAAUGGCAUCGCCAACUGUCCCAUACAGUUCUCUAUCGAUCAUCAUAGUUUAACUAUAAUAUCAACAGACGGAUCACCAUUCAAUCCCAUCUUAGUUGAAUCAUUCACUAUUUUUGCAGGCGAAAGAUACGAUUUUGUUCUGACUGCUAAUCAGCAUAAGCGAAACUACUGGAUUAGAGCACGAGGAUUAGCCGAGUGUGGACCUGAAUACAAAUCUGUAAGUCAGACGGCUUUCCUUUCAUACGAAGAUGCUGCUAUUGUGUUACCCCCAGAAUCUCCUGAUUAUCAAAGUGGAAAUAGACAAGGACUGAUGCUUAAUCCUUUAAAUAUCGGGCCAUCAAGAGGAUUUAUCACUGUAGAUCAACUGGAUUCUUUAGUUCCAGAUGAUGACGUGUUAAAACCAGUACCAGAUAAGAAAUUUUACAUAGCAAUGGAUUUUAAUAUGGUAGAAAACCCAUAUUUUCAGAACAGCAAAUACUAUUCACUAAAUACUAUGAUGAACCGACAUGGACAUGGGAAACACAGCAUGCAUAUGUUGUCACCACAACUUAAUCAUAUAUCGUUUAUGGUGCCUCCAUCACCCCCACUUUCUCAACAUUCGAAGACUAUUGAUGACUUUUUUUGCAAUGAAGAAACUAUGAGUGAUAAGGAUUGCACCACAGAAUUCUGUCAAUGUACUCAUCGUAUCAAAGUACAGCUUGGAGAAGUUAUUGAACUUGUAUUAGUGGAUGAAGGGAAAUCACAGAAUAAUAACCAUCCAAUGCAUUUGCAUGGCCAUAGUUUCAGAGUAGUAGCGAUGGAAAAGCUAAAUACAUCAACGACAGUCGAGUUUGUUAAGGUAUUGGAUGCAAUGGGACAAAUCAAACGGAAGUUAACGAGAGCAGUGUUGAAGGAUACAGUCACUGUUCCUGAUGGGGGAUACACAAUCAUACGAUUCAAGGCAACUAAUCCAGGUUUUUGGUUGUUUCACUGUCAUAUAGCUUUUCACAUGGCAAUGGGUAUGACGUUAGUCAUUCAAGUUGGCGAAACACACCAAAUGCCAAAACCUCCAAAACGUUUUCCAAAAUGUGGCGAUUGGACUCCAGAAUCAUUGGACGAUGAAGUCACUGAAGAAUUUAAAUCAUGUCCACAAUUACCAACGUCUGUAGCGACAUCUACAACAACUGUUGCCACGACAACGAAAGCACUUACAACACUACCAUCGGAUAAUCAACAAUACUUGGGUGGUCUUUCACAGACACGUGACGUUGAAGGCAGCUCCGUUACACUUCAUUAUGUUCUUCUUUUAUGGAUGACUGGUAAAAAAUCGAACAACACAACUCCAACUUUAAAUACGCCAAAACCCAAUCGUUUAAACAAUUAUGGCCAUUUCCCAAUUCAAGUCAGCAAUGGCGCCAAAAAGUUUCUUCCAAAACCUGCAUAUAAUAUACAUGCUUUACGUAAUAUUCCUGACAUUCCAAUUCAUCUCGCUGGACGUGCUCGGACUACUCUUCAGGAACUAUUACAAUAUGCUAAACCACUUGACAUGCGCAAACCUUUAAGAACGAGAGGAAGAUCGUUAAAACGAUUGAGACAUAAGACAAUUCUUGGAAAAAAGUUAUCAAAUAUUUUGAAGAAGCAACAGCUAAGAAGACUACAUAGGUGAUUUUAACAUCACAAAUACGAUACACUGUUGAAAUCCACCAAUUCCUUGGUCUCCGCUUUCAUCCCAGAUAUUAAACAUGGGUGAUUUUUUUACAGCGAAAAAAGAUCUUUACACAUUGGAUAUUUGUGUAGUUAGUUUUACUGACAAUAGCCAGAUAUGGUUGUUAACGCUGGUUCACUUCGUGCUUUAGCAUUGUUUAUAGCUGGGAAACAGUCAAUGAUAUUGAUUAACUGAAACGCAGACACAUACCACACUUUUGGGUGUGAAGAACGAGUAUUACCUGUACUCCUUGGAAUAAUAGAUACAUUUUGUCGAACCUGUUUGCAUUUAUAGAUAUUUCAACCGAUAGGAAAACGAAACUAAUGCAUAGUUUUCAUGUCAAUUUUAAUUCUUGCACUUUAUUGUUUUCAUUAAUGUCCAUAGUUUUCCCAUGGUAUCACAUAUGUAUUAAAGCAAUACGUUUUGGAUUCUUUAAUAAAAAAUAAUAAUAAAACUAUCAUUCACAAUUGAAACGAUAAAAACAUAGUUUAUAGUCACAUAAAGAAAUAUAUGUAUUGUUGUAUGAAACUCAUCUUUUUAAAUUUGAGAAACUUCCGACUUUCACAAUGGCAAUCAAAAGCUAUUUCAUGAGGACAAAAUAAUGACUAUUUUUUUUUAUUUUUUCUAUCAAUCUAUCUCUUACAUUUGAUUUCAAAGUAUUUCUUUUUUAAUUAGCUUAUUUGAUUGGUUAAUUUAUUUCUGUCCCUUUUUUUUAAGAAUGAUUUUUUUUUCUGACGGCGAUUAAGAGAAGAAUUUCUGAAGUAAACACCAAACUGUGGUUUCUGCAUAUCAUUUAUUCUUGUAAAUUAAGUAACCAAAAAACCGGUACAAAUUUUAAGAAAGCAUUAUUUAAGAUAAAAACAAUCAGUGUAUUGCCACAGUUAUUGAAUAGUUAUAUAUUUUUAAAAAUAAUUAUGUAUGUAUGUUAACCAUUUUGUCAUUUGUAACAAAGUUCAUUGUUGUUUUCAUGUUUUGUUGUUUAGCUUUCAUUUGAUAUGGACAUACACAGAAAAUUAAAAAAUACACAAAUAAAAAUUUGACAAUGAAACCUAAAUAGAGAUCUGUACUGAAUAUUACAAAUACAAGAUUUGACAUUAUCUUACUUUGGGCUACAAUUUGUAAAAUCACUGCAUGCGUUCAGAUUCUUUCUCUUCCUUUGUAUUUGAAUUUGGUCGGAAAUAUAUAUAAAAAAAAAUAUUGCAACACCCAAUGCAUCGAAAUAUCGAAAUAAAUCAAAUAUCUGUAUUUAAAGUAUAAACGAAAAGUCCAAUAUACAUCUGAGGAUAAUUUGAUCAGUUUGUGUUAUAUGGUGUAAAAAUGGUUCAUAAAUUGACAAUAAUUUUAUGUCAAGUAUAUGUUGAUUAUUAUUGAUUCACCUUGACAAUUUUGUUAUGUGAAGACAAAUAAAGAUUUUUGAAUAA